CGGCGCGGAGCAGCUCAGAGCCUUCCUCGGUGAAGUGAGGGCUGUGUUCGAUUGUCUCUUCGGUCCCAUCUGGGCCUAAAGCCUGAGAUCCUAAGGCUUUCCUUCUGCUCGCCCUGCUGAGGCAGGACUGGGAGUUUGCGACCCCCGGGGAGGGUGGAGAAAGAGCGCUUAAAGCAUAUGAAUGAAGACUGAGAUGGAUUUAGGCGAUUUUGCGGCCUGGGACUCGGGGCUGCCGGCGGCAGGCGGGAAGGGGAUGACCAGGAGCAAGAGCGGCAAAAACCUCUCCUGGUGUCUGUCACCAGCCGUCCCUUACUUUUGACCAGGAGCGAAAAGGCCUUCGUAUAACUCUGGGAUUUGCCUGGUUGCUUCCCCGUGUCUCCUUGACUUUUUUUCUAAGAGCCACUGUUUUUAAUUAUGUUUAUUUAAUUUUUAGUUUCUUUUGCUAGCAUUCUCUUUCUAAAAAUUAAUUAAAAACUUACUAUAUAUAAGAAGAGAUAAUCAAAAUACUUUUCCCGUUUGGGAAAGAGUAUCAUGUCACCCUAUAUCCAUGUUGGCAUUAUUUUCACUUAUAGACUUAAUUUAAUAAUGUUAAUUAUGAAGCUUCAGAGAAAUAGCCAUCUAAAAGUUUAAAUUAUCUCAUGCCUUCAUUCAUCCGUCAUGGUCCAACGAUUCCAAGACGAACUGAUAUCUGUCUUCCAGAUUCAAGCACUUAUGCCUUUUCAGCUAUUGGAGAUGGAGUGGUUUCCAGAAAUCAAAGUUUUCUUAGGACUCCAAUUCAGAGGCCACCUCAUGAAAUCAUGAGGAGGGAAAGCAACAGACUAUCUGCACCUUCCUACUUUGCAAGGAGUUUAGCAGAUGUCCCUCGGGAAUAUGGUUCUUCUUCUCAGGGUUUUUUAAUGGAGGCCAAUGCUGCUGUUGAAAAUGGUGACACUAGUUCCUCUUACUAUUUUUUGGAUAAUUUUUUCAAUGGUCAAAGGAGACAGUUGCCUGGAGAUCGUGUACAUGAAGACUACAGAUAUGAAUACAACAGUGAUAUCUUCCAAAGAAUUCCACACAGUCAGGGGAGGCAUGUGUCAGCCAUUGGGAAGGUUGUUACCACAUCUUUAGGCAAUUUAAAUCACAGUUCUGAAGAUGUACCUCUUCCUCCUGGCUGGUCUGUUGACUGGACAAUCAGAGGAAGAAAAUACUACAUAGAUCAUAACACAAACACAACUCAUUGGAGCCAUCCUCUUGAGCGAGAGGGACUUCCUCCAGGAUGGGAGCGAGUUGAGUCAUCAGAAUUUGGAGUGUAUUAUGUAGAUCAUCUGAAUAAGAGAGCACAAUAUAGACAUCCAUGUGCCCCUAGUGUACCCCGGUAUGAUCAGCCUCCUCCUGUAACUUAUCAACCUCAUCAAGCUGAAAGAAACCAGUCCCUUCUGGUACCUGCAAAUCCAUACCAUUCAGCAGAAAUCCCUGACUGGCUUCAGGUUUAUGCUCGGGCUCCUAUGAAAUAUGACCAUAUUCUGAAAUGGGAACUCUUCCAGCUUGCUGACCUCGAUACAUACCAGGGGAUGCUAAAGCUGCUCUUUAUGAAGGAACUGGAACGUAUUGUUAAAUUGUAUGAAGCAUACAGAGAAGCUCUUCUCACAGAAUUAGAAAACCGCAAGCAGAGACAGCAGUGGUAUGCCCAGCAACAUGGCAAAAAUUUUUAAGCUAAUUUUUAAUGAAAAUUUGUGAAGUUUUAUAAUGACUUUAAAAUGUUUUCACUUAAAAAAAACUUUUGGCUAAGAAAAACAGCUUUCAUUUUGUUGAUAUUGCACUAUUAAAUGUAAUUCUCUAUAUAUUUGGAUUUAUAUGGCAAAACACUCCUUUUUUGAUUAAAGAAAUAAAUGUAGCUUAUUCCCUUGAGA